GAAUCAUAUGCUCUGAAGGUGACUGCAAUCAAAUGGCAAGUGCUAACGUGUAAAGCUAAGAUUGUGCUAAACGUUCUAUAUUUUCCCCCAAAUUUGUCAGAUUCUUAUUCAUUUGCUCUUUGUGUCCCCUCAUCUGUGCACCACAAUGGCUAAAUGUUUGAGAUGUGCUCUGCCAAAUCGGAUCAGUAAAGGUGUAAGCAAUGUUUCUGUUUCCAAUAAUCAUCAUUCUGGUUUGGUGGUGCGCUGGGGCAGAAGAAGCUCCACUGCUUCACCCAAGACUCUGUCUGCUAAAAAGUAUAAUUUUGAUCAAGUGAAGAUGUUUCAGAAUAGUCCUGAAGGAAUUGUGUGUUACAAAAAUGAGGAUGGUGAGGUGAUUUGUGAAGGUUAUGAUGAGGGCCCUUGUUUUCGCCCACUCCCUGGCCGCCAACAAGAACACCAUUACAGGAGAGAUGCCAAACUGUAUUCUAUCCUCAAAGGAAUCAGACCUUACCUUGUUGAAAUGAUUGAUUACAAAAGAAUGGACCAAAUCUCUACAGGGAUCUGUUUGCAAGAGCAAGGCCAGAACUGAUACUGAACUCUACUACCAGAUAAUAAUGAGGGGAUAGGAGAAAUCAAAAUUUCAUUGUUGAAUGAAUACAAUGAUGUACACUUUGCAAUCACCCUGUCAAAAGUUUUUCUGUUAUCUUUCUCUGUGUAUAGCUGCUUUAGACUCCAAAUGAAUGAGAGGCAACAAAGUCUUCCAUGUGUCCAAUCUGAGAUUCCAAGAGAUAAGCCUCUGCCCCACUGAUGAUGUAAGCAGACUGAUUUUCCAAUGGAAAAAAAACAUCAUUCUUGUUUA